AAAUUUUGUUAACCGCAAAAAAGUGACUGUCCAAAUUUUUCUGUGGCCGGUCCCGCCACCCAUAUUUGACUGACGCUGUAAAGCACCAAGAGUUCUUUCUCUUUCAAACACAAUGUCCAAGCGCGCUGCCAAGAAGUCUACCACCGUUCAGGAGACUGUCACCCUCGGUCCUCAAGUCCGCGAAGGCGAGCUCGUCUUCGGCGUUGCCCACAUCUUCGCCUCCUUCAACGAUACCUUCGUUCACGUCACUGAUCUCUCUGGCCGUGAAACCAUCGUCCGUGUUACUGGUGGUAUGAAGGUCAAGGCUGAUCGCGAUGAGUCCUCUCCCUAUGCUGCUAUGUUGGCUGCCCAAGAUGUUGCUGCCAAGUGCAAGGAAGUCGGUGUCACCGCUCUUCACGUCAAGAUCCGUGCUACUGGUGGUAACGGUACCAAGACCCCCGGUCCCGGUGCCCAAGCUGCUCUCCGUGCUCUUGCCCGUGCUGGUCGACAGCACUCGUCGCAAGGGUGGUCGCCGUGGUCGCCGUUUGUAAGCGCUUACGCAUCACUGCGUGGCUGUUACCAUUGUCAUGGAUACUUUGUACUUUUUGUUCAGUAUCCAAUCCUUUUGUUGGCACCUACAAACAAAUAAAAUCUGAAAAACAGAGUCUUAAUUUGACUACACUAAUGGAAUGGUGUGAUGUGUUCUCUGUUUAUCAAAUGUUGUCAGGUCUCUUCUUUUUUUUUUUUAACUCGGUGGAGAGCCUGAGAACUUGAUGGUCCA